UUUGGGACUCCGGCCUCGCAGUCCUAAGACACCAGCCAGCCCUCAGCGAAUAAAGGGUUGUGGGAACAGCAGAGCGUUGUAUGCCGGGACUUGUAGUUCUCAUGACGCCGGCCCUCAGCCGGUGACGGGGACUGCGAGACAGAGACCCUCGUUGCCCGCCGGGAUUCACGGCGCCUUACGGGGAUUCGUGGUACAGAAGGGCGCGUUGCACGCCGGGACUUAGAGUCCCACGAUGUCCAGCCUCAGCGCCUGACUGGGCUUCUGGGCCGGCAGCCCCGCCUUGCAUGCCGACCCGCAGCCCCAGAUGCCGGCGCUUAUGUGGUGGAUGGGGCGAAGGAACACUGUUCCCACUGGGCCCAGUCGCAGAAGCGUGGUCCUAGGACGCGCCCAGUUCCCAUGGCCGGCGGAGGAUAUCUCGGGCCCCGCGUGGGCGUGUUUACACCCAGGCCCUCGGCGCCUGCGCGUACGCACGCGGUGGCACGUGAUGUCGCACGCUGUCCCGGAAGUCGGCGCGGAACGGGCGACUGUUGGAAGCCGGUGCCGAAAGGAGAAUCGUAGCGCCGCUGCCGCUUCCGUCUGGGCCGGGGUUGCCCGGUAGCCCGCGAUGGGCGCCGGGCCCUGAGCGCCCACCGCCGCUUUUCCACAGCGCCUCCGCUCGGCUGCGAUGGAGGCACCGCCCAGCGGCCGCGUUCCCGCCGAGGGCGCCCAGCCGCCGGCCGUGGCCGAGGUGCGCUGCCCCGGCCCCGGACCGCUGCGCCUGCUCGAGUGGAGGGUGGCGGCUGGCGCGGCCGUACGCAUCGGCUCUGUGCUGGCCGUGUGCGAGGCCGCCGCCUCCGCGCAGCCCACCGGGCCCGCCCCUACCCGCGCCGGCUCCGGGGGCUGCGUGCGCACGGAGCGCAGGCUGAGGUCGGAGCGCGCGGGCGUGGUGCGGGAGCUGUGCGCGCAGCCCGGCCAGGUGGUGGCCCCCGGGGCGGUUCUGGUGCAACUAGAAGGAUGUAGCCACCCCGUCGUCAUGAAGGGCCUGUGUGCUGAGUGUGGCCAAGACCUGACCCAGCUGCAGAGUCAGAAUGGGAGGCCACAGGUACCGCUGUCCACGGCCACCGUGUCGAUGGUGCACAGCGUCCCCGAGCUAAUGGUGAGCUCCGAGCAAGCUGAAAAGCUAGGAAGGGAAGACCAGCAGCGACUGCAUCGCAACAGAAAACUAGUGCUCAUGGUGGACUUGGACCAGACCUUGAUCCACACAACGGAGCAGCACUGCCAGCAGAUGUCCAACAAAGGCAUAUUCCACUUCCAGCUGGGCCGGGGCGAGCCGAUGCUGCACACCCGUCUGCGUCCGCACUGCAAGGGGUUCCUGGAGAAGAUCGCCAAGUUGUACGAGCUUCACGUCUUCACGUUCGGCAGCCGGCUGUACGCACACACGAUCGCAGGCUUCUUAGAUCCUGAGAAGAAGCUUUUUUCACAUCGAAUAUUAUCGAGGGAUGAAUGUAUUGACCCGUUUUCCAAAACGGGGAACCUUAGAAAUCUUUUUCCUUGUGGAGACUCCAUGGUUUGCAUUAUCGAUGACCGAGAAGACGUGUGGAAGUUUGCCCCCAACCUGAUAACUGUGAAGAAAUACGUGUACUUCCAGGGCAUAGGUGACAUCAAUGCCCCAUCCGGGUCCCGGGAGCCCCAGGCGAGGAGGAGAGUCAGUCCUUCUCCUAAAGGUGCCGACGCCACGGAGCAGCCUCUGUCCGUCAAGGAUCCCGAGGAAGGAAGGCAGGUGUCUGGGGUCGAGCAGAGCAACGGCCUCGGGAAGCCCACGCGGGAGCUCAACGGGGGCGCGGGCCCUCGGGGGGUCUGGCCCUGUCCCGUGCAGGAGGAGGAGAGGGGCGCCCGGCCCACCGCCCGCGCCCCCUCGGCUGACGGCCGGGGGCCCCUGGCAGGCACUCAGCAGCACGGGCGGACGCCUCCAGAGAAGAGGCCUGUGCGGGGUCCGGUGGGCCCUGACCCAGACCCAGAUAUCCCCAGUGACAGCGGGAGCAGCAGCGACUCCGAGGGCCGGCCAUCCCCCGUCCCCUCUGACGGGGAGAGUGGGGAGAAGAGGACCCGGAGAAAGCCUCCGGCCACCCGCCGUGCUGGGGACAUUGCGGCACAGGGCGUCCCCCCGGGCGCCAGUCCGUGCGUGGAGCCCGGGCCCGGUGUCCAGGCGGCCGUGCAGGGGGAGGGCGAGCGGGACGGCCUCUGCGGGCUGGGCGGCAGCUGUGCCGACAGGAGGGAGGCUGAGACGGAGUCCCAGAACAGCGAGCAGUCGGGCAUCACGGUGGGCGAGUCCCUGGACCAGAGCGCGGAGGAGGAGGAGGAGGAGGAGGACGCCGACGCCGACGACCACCUGGUCCACCUGGAGGAGAUCCUCGCCCGCGUGCACGCCACGUACUAUGCCAGGUACGACCGCUUUCUCCGCGGAGAGACCCAGGAGGCCCCCGACAUCCGGAAGAUUGUCCCCGAGCUACGCAGCAGGGUGCUGGCCGACGUCGCAAUCAUCUUCAGCGGGCUGCACCCCACGAACUUCCCCAUCGAGAAGACGCGGGAGCACUACCACGCCACGGCCCUGGGGGCCAGGAUCCUCACCCAGCUGGUGCUGGACCCCGACAACCCCGACCGGGCCACCCACCUGAUCGCCGCGCGGGCCGGGCCCCUGCUGUCCCCGCCGCCCCAAGCCCUGACGGCAGACAAGUGGCCCGCGGCGGCUCCGAGCAGAGUGCAUGUGCCCGCAGGCACGGAGAAGGUGCGCCAGGCCCAGGAUUCCGGGCAGCUGCACGUGGUCAACCCCGACUGGCUGUGGAGCUGCCUGGAGCGCUGGGACAAGGUGGAGGAGCGGCUGUUCCCACUGCGCGGUGACCAGGCCAAAUCCCAGAGGGAGGACGGCCCGGCCGCCUUUCCCGACAGGCAGGGCCUGCUUCCGACCACCCUGUUUCAUCCAACACCCGUGCAUCCCAAGGCCCCGCCUGGCCCUGAAGUUCGGAUCUACGACGCCAGCACGGGCAAGCUCAUCCGUAAGGGUGCUGCGGGCCCCGGGCCCCCCGGCUCCCUGCCGGUGCACGCGGAGCUCUCCUCCUUCAGAGCGAUUCAGCCACAUCACCAGCAGAUGUUUGGUGAAGACUUGCCAGCUAAUCAAGACGGAGAGCAGCCUGGUCCUUCUAGAAGGAAGCGCCAGCCCAGCAUGUCGGAGACCAUGCCGCUGUACACGCUGUGUAAGGAGGACUUGGAGAGUAUGGACAAGGAGGCACCACUGUGGACACCACACCUCACGUCCCACUAAACGGAGCUGGGCCCGGAUCAGGACCGACACCCAUCCGGCCCUCGGAUCUGCGUCUUAGAGACAGACAGCUCCCGCGGCCACUCGGCCACUCAUACUGCGCAGACAGAAGUCGUCCUCGGACCACCGUGGACGCCAGGGACAGCCCUGAGGACAGAGAUGCGUUUCAGCGUACUUCCAGCGGUAGCAGAAGAAUGUUAUAUUCAGUAUAGAAUCCUACCAGCAACUCAGACCAUCAUCUUCAGACGAUAAUUUAUCCCGUGACGCUUAAACCUGCUUUCAGAUGUGCCGAAUUUCUCUGUUUGCCAUUUUCUGCCUUUUUGAGCAUUUAGCCAGUACACUGCUGGGGUUUGUUCAUAAAAAUGUUUUCUCCUAGAAAAAUUUUUUUAGCCAUAAGCCUGUCUUCUUGAUCAAGGAUGUUCCUUGUUCUACAUGAGGGAUGCUCCCUGCUGGCGGUUGGCGGGGGACAGCUGGACACUCACUGCUCUCCUCCUGCCCACCCCCUUGCCCCAGUCCUCCCAGGUGGACAGGGUGGGUUCCCUGCUGGACACCUGCAGAGACCCGGUUCAGUUUGUCAGGCAGUGGCGACGAUUUUGCUACUUGUUUGUUGCACAUCAAAGGGUGUCAAAAUCUUAACAUGAAAUAACAGUGUUAAAUACACUUCCCGUCACUCUGAAACCUGGCUUUUCUUUCAGAAAUGAAAAUUAGCCUUAAAACCUUAGUUUUGGCUCUUCAGGAAGAAAGGUUUUGAAGGAGAGAGAAAUCCUGGACUUGGGAUUCCAGCAAACAUGGCUGUCGUUUUAUAAAUGAGGGAACCAGGGGUUGGUGUCCAGCUGUGCUCAGGGGGUCCUGCUCGAUUCCCGGUGACAUCUGGGCCCCAGAGAGACCGCUCAGUCAGUGCCGGGCGCCAGAUUACCAGGGGAGCGGGCACCCGGCUCUCCAUCUUCCCUGCAUGGCAGGGCGGGGGCCGUGUGGGGCUUUAGGAUUCGAGGCUGGACAGAGCUGGCCAGAGACCAUGGCCACCACCUGCAGCUCUGCCCAGAGGAGGCCAGGCUGUGGUCCCCAGGGCCGCACGAAGGGCGGGAGGCCCCCGUGGAGCCGCAGCAGGCGGUUGAGGCCAGAGAGGUGUUCCCUGUCCUUAAAGUUCAGGGAA